AUAUGAAGCUAGGUUCAUAUAUGUUCAUAUAUAAAUGUAUCUAAUGAUUAAAAUAAACCACAUUCUCCCAUAUUUCUGGGAAGAGUAAAUUAUGCCUAUUUUUUUUUUGAAAGUAGGAGAUUUCGGACUUAACCAAAUAUUAAAAAAAAAAAAUAAAAAUGUCGAUUUUGGUUAGUGUUUUCAAGUGUUUUGAUGGUGUUUUCCAUUGAAUAUCUAACAUAUUUGGAAUGGGAAAAUAUUCUAGUGAAUCUGAUAAUGAGAAACAAAGUAGCAAGUCAUCAAAGGGCAGAGGAAGGCAUAGAUCAUCAUCCACCGACUCUUCUAGCUCGAGAAGUCGAACCAAAAAAUCAUCGAAAAAGUCAAGUCGUAGAACCAGAAGUAGAGAAAGAUAUAUAAGAUCGCGACGGUCGAAAAGUCCUUCGUACUCUUCUAAAUUGAAAAAUCGAAGGUCGACUUCGAGGGAACGGUCAAAAUAUAAAAGGAGUUCGUCCAGAGAUAGAUAUCGAAGAUCAAAAUCCAAGGAACGUUAUCGUUCGAGACGUUCUUCAUCCAGGACCUAUAUAAAGGAAUAUACGUCGAAAUCGAAGAAGAGAUCCUCAUCAAGUUCUUCUAGUUCUAGUUCGGAUAGAGAUCGACAAAAAAGGGAGACAAAAAGCAAGUCAGAAAGUGCUACCAGUAAAAGUAAAUCAUCAAUCAAAAAGGAAAGAAGUAAAUCUCCAGUUACUACCCGGAUUGACAGUAAAACGCUGGUAGAAAUUAACGAGGAUAAAUUUGUUCCCAAAGAGUUUAGUUCAAGUAAAUCGAACAAAUUACCAGACAAUAUUGUUAUAGACCUAAAGAAACAAACUAUUAAAGUUCCAGAAGUUGAACAAGUAGAGCCUGACAGUAUUUUUCAUCACAAUUUAUUUUUAAAUGAAGAGACUCGAAUGGAGAAAUGGGCAAAGGAAUUAUAUUCCUAUCGCCAGAAAGCAUUGCAGCAAAGUUUAAAGACAAAUUAAAAUCAUGAAUCGACUUGCAGUUGUAUUUUUCCUUUCAGUGUUUAGUAGUGUUCUGUUUUACUUUUUAAAUGUUUCUAUUUUUGAUAUAUUAUGUGAAAAAGAAACGUGUCCUUUUUGCUAUGGGAACAAUUUU